UCAAAAGAGCAACCAAGAAAUAAAGAGUAGGAAACCGCAGUGUCACAAACCCAAAACCCUUGAACCUGUCUGAGCUGCGGACUGUAACCCCAUUACCCGCCGUAGUAGCCGUCCCCGCCUGGAUACCACCUCUCUUCGUCAAAUUCAAUCAUUCUCUCACAUGACUUCAACUCUAAUCUCUUAAAACCCUCCUCAAUCAUACUACAAUUUCCAUUUCUUGCUCGCCUUCUCUCCGUUCGGAUCGCCCUCCCACUAUCAUAAACCCUACUCCGAUGGCCGCCACCACCACCACCACCAGCAUCAACACGGGGGGCGCCGAGGACCGGGUGUUGGCCACUGCUCAGCAGAUCGUCAAGAGUCUCAACACUCCGAAGGAAGUUCGCGAGGAUAUGCUCCUAAUCUUCUCCAGUUUUGACAACCGUCUUUCAAACAUCACCGAUUUGGUUAAAAACGCAGAUGCCGACGCCGCCGAUGCUGUCGCGCGUUUCGAGGCCGCCGAGAGAGUUAUCCUUCACUGGGACUCCGCUUCCUCUGAUUCCUCCUCCCACCGCCGUCCCUCCCCACCUUCCUUCGACGACUCGCCCGAAGACGCCGCGCAAUUCCUCUCCGCUGUCGACGAGAUCCUUCACCUGUUCCAGGUUUUCUCCGUCCAGAACGACUCUGACCUCAUGGACCGCGCCGAGAGCGCUGUACAGCUUGCUAUGUCCCGACUGGAGGAUGAGUUUCGCCACAUUCUGAUUCGUAAUACUGUCCCUCUGGACGCUGAUCGCCUCUACGGAUCGAUCCGGAGGGUGUCGCUUUCCUUUGUGUCCAACGACGAGGGCGAAAUAGACGAGGAAUUUGAAAGCUUCGAGGAGGUGAUGGAUGACAGGAGCGGUCAUUUCCACGAGAGAGGAGGGAGCUUGGGAGACGACUUGUGCGUGGACUUGAUUACCGGGGAGGCCGCUGCCGACCUGAAGGAGAUUGCGGAUCGUAUGAUCCGGUCCGGCUACGAGAAGGAGUGUGUGCAGGUUUAUAGUAACGUCAGGCGCGAUGCUUUGGACGAGUGCUUGGUGAUCCUUGGUGUCGAGAAGCUAAGUAUCGAGGAGCUGCAGAGGAUUAAUUGGAAGACUUUGGAUGAAAAGAUGAAGAAAUGGAUUCAGGCCAUGAAGAUCGCUGUUAGGGUCCUUUUGAGUGGAGAAAGGAGGCUCUGUGAUCAUAUCUUUAACGGGUCGGAGACAUCAAAGGAGGUUUGCUUUAAUGAAACGGCCAAGGGGUGCCUGAUGCAAUUGCUGAAUUUUGGAGAGGCUGUUGCCAUUGGAAGGAGAUCUUCCGAGAAGUUGUUUAGGAUUUUGGACAUGUAUGAUGCCUUGGCUGACGUGUUGCCUGAUUUGCAGGCCAUGGUUACUGAUGAAUUUGUUUGCCGCGAGGCAAAGGGAGUCCUGGCUGCACUAGCAGAAGCCGCAAAGGGGACUUUUGCGGAGUUUGAGAAUGAUGUGCAGAGUGAGACUUCAAAGAAACCUAUGCUAGCUGGAGAGAUUCAUCCUCUUACGCGAUAUGUCAUGAACUAUGUGAGGUUGCUUGUGGAUUACAGUGAAACUUUGAGCUCACUUUUGGACGAUGAGGAUGAUGAUGAAAGAAGGGAUUUGCAACAUGAUGUUGAGGAAAACUUGCAGCUGGAGGACACGUCUUCUUUUGCAAAACGAUUGCUGAAGUUGAUAUCAACUUUGGAGUCCAAUCUUGAAGAGAAAUCGAAAUUGUACGAGGAUGCUGCAAUGCAGUAUAUAUUUUUAAUGAAUAAUAUUCUGUACAUUGUGCAGAAGGUGAAGGAUUCAGAUCUUAGAACGCUUUUGGGAGAUCAUUGGGUUCGUAAGCGGCGUGGCCAGAUACGCAAGUAUGCCACUAGUUAUCUUAGGGCCUCUUGGAGCAAGGCCCUGUCUUGUUUGAAGGAUGAGGGGCUUGGCGGUAGCUCCAGUAAUGCUUCCAGGGUUGCCUUAAAAGAAAGGUUUAAGAAUUUUAAUGCCAAUUUUGAGGAGGUAUAUAGAAUUCAGACAGCUUGGAAGGUCCCAGAUCCUCAGCUUCGCGAAGAACUCCGGAUAUCAAUAUCAGAAAACGUGAUUCCAGCAUAUAGAUUCUUUAUGGGAAGGUUUGGGAGUCAACUGGAGAGUGGAAGGCAUGCUGGCAAGUACAUUAAGUACACACCAGAUGAUUUAGAGAGUUAUUUAUUGGAUUUGUUUGAAGGAUCACCCAGUGUUAUUCACCAUCUUAGAAGAAAGAGUUCAUAGGAGACAGGAGCUUUAACAGGUAAGACGCACUCCUCAUCAGGGAUUAGUUGGAGCAGAUCACUAUAUAUGUAUCCUGAUGAUUAGUUUUUCAUCCUGUUGAUGUCAAUGUUAUAGACACAGGUUUUGUGAAAGUUAACUGUCCCCCUCUUUAUAUACUGUAUUAACUUCUGUACAUGUUCUAUAGAUUAUAAAGUUCAUACGCGUGGCGUUUGUUAUGUAUUUUAUGUUUGGAAAUCAAUUCAGUAUCGGAACAAUACCGUGAUCAUAAUUUUACCGCA